AUGUAUGAUGCGAACGCGACGAUUUGCUCGUCGGUUCACAGCGCGUCGCUGACGCUUUUUUCGCAGGAGGAGGUGCGCGCACUCUCCUCCUGCCGAGUCUCCGACACGAACGUUUUCCUCAGUCCGCAGGACUCCCUCGGAUCUUCCUCGCUGUCUGCGGCCUUCUCUGCGGCGCGCGGCGGCUCGCCGGUCGCGGUGGCGGCGGGGCUGCACGACCCGAGGCUGGGGAGCAUCGACGGCCGAGACAUUUGCGAAACAUGCGGCUGCCGCAGCGACUGUCCAGGGCAUCUGGGACACGUCGAGCUCGCGCUCCCCGUCUUCCAACCGAUCUUCCUUCCUGCCCUCGUUAAAGUGCUGAAACUGUCCUGCCUCCACUGCGAGCGCCUCCGUGUUUCUUCUUCAGUUUCCUCGCUGUUUGUUAAAGCCUUUGAGCUGCUGCAGUUCGGGUUUCUUGAUGAACUGGAAGAUGUCUCGCGUCUGGCUUCGUCGUCGCUCCGGACUGGGUCUCGCAGGCCCGCCGCAGGUCUGCUGCUCCCCCUCAGUCAGCGCGCGGCGCUUGUUCGCAUCUUCCAAAAGCUGGAGACCGAGCUCGGGCGGCGAGCAGGCCGCAAGGAAACGGCCGUCCGGCGGGGCGACAGCGACGAGAUGAGCGCCGACGAGGCUCUUUCGGGCGCGGAGGCGGACGCCCACGACUGGCGCAAGUCGGCGGCGCGCGCCGAAGGCAAGCAGGGCGACAAAGGCGACGCGGAGAAGCAGAAGGAGGCGCAGGAAAUGAAGCGCAUGACGCGUCUGCUCGAGGGCUUGACCGAUCUGGAGAAGGAAGAAAAUCGCAACUUCCUGCAGACCUUCGGCGACGACAUCUCCAAGAGCGCCUGGCUCGUCGCCUCCUGGCGACGCCUCAGACAUCUUCUCUGGACGCGCGCCUCAGGCAGCAGCGUAUGCGCCAACUGCGGCCGCACGAAUGCAGUGACUUACCACGUGGCUCCGCAGUCGACGGGCGUGGAGAUGCGGUGGAAAUGGACGGGCUCGCCGCCGUUUGACAAACACAGCGCGUUUUUUUCUUUCGUGCGCGACGCGACGAAGCGACGCGAUGACAAAGCUGGAAAGAACGCAGAGGGACAGGACGACUUCGCGGUCACGCUGUUCGAUGAGAGAUGUCUAACUUACGGCAGAAGCGGCCGCGCCGUAGGGAAGCUUCACUUGCAUGCCUUCCAGCUCAUGCCGCUCCUUCAGAAUAUUUUCAAGCACUCGGUCGACCGCUGCCUGCUUAACUGUCUCUUCCCCAUGACGAUACGCUUGAGUUCCGCUUGCUUCUUCAUUUCGUCGCUGCCGGUCUCCGCGAGCAAGUUCCGCCCGCCGCUGGCUGGCGGCGCGGCGUUUGGGCGCGAAGGCGGGGGCGGCAUGCCGAUUCUGCAUCCGCGGACGGGCACGCUGCUUGAGCUGCUCAAAACCAACGAGCAAGUUCAGUUCGCAGUGAACAUCAUGAAGCACCCCGACCCCGUGGGAGCGCUGGAAAACCCCGAGUGCUGGGGCGAGCUCUUCGGCUACGGGCGCGCGGCGACGGGCGCCGGCGGAGACCGCGAGGCCGAGGCGGACGACGGUCAGAGUCAGCGGAAGAAGGCGCGCACGCAGGACGGCGAGGAUGGGAAGGCGCCUGAGGCGGCGGAGAAGGCGAGCAGCAUUGCGUCUGUCCUCAGUCAGGACGAACAGAACAAACUGCGGGAAUUCGUCCUUGUUCAUGCAGCAGGCAACGCGGCGUGGCUGACGAGCUACGCCAUUCAGCUGCAGCAGCGCGUGAACGAAAUCGUGGACAAGACCAAGGCCGAAAAACCGCAAUCGGCGCCGGCAGGUGUGCGGCAGUGGAUGGAACGCAAGGCAGGGACGAUUCGGCAGAAGUUGAUGGGGAAGCGUGUCAACUACGCUGCGCGCACAGUCCUGGCCCCAGACGCUCUGAUCGCGACAAACGAAGUCGGCGUUCCGCUCGACUUCGCCAUGAAACUCAGCAUUCCUGAAAAGGUGACGCCUCGCAACGCGCACGUGCUGUCUGAGAUGGUCAUAAACGGCGCGCACAAGCACCCCGGAGCCCUGGCGCUGAUGGACGACUCAGGGAACGUAUUCAACUUGGAGUUUCUGUCGCCUGCGACGCGCCGGGCGAAGGCUCACCAGCUGCUGCUUUCUGCCUCUUCCUCGUCCUCCGCGUCCUCUUCUUCAGAGGCGCCGACCCCGAGCGGGAGCUACACAGUCUACAGGCACGUGCUUGACGGCGACGUUGUCCUGAUGAACCGACAGCCGUCGCUGCACCGCGUUUCGCUCAUGGGACACUUUGUGAAGAUCACGCGCGGCGUCAGCUCUGUUUACCACAUCAACGACUAUCUGGUGCGCAACCACAUGCUCCACCUGCUUCUCGAAACUCGUGGGAAGAAGCAGAUUCGGGAUGCGGACACGUCCGACGGCGAAGACGCCGAGGCGCGCACUGCCUCAAAAAGAAAAAGCUUGAUCCACUACUCGGGUCUCUUCAAAGGCAAAAAGAAGAGCCACAGGGCGACUGAGGAAGCAGACGGCAGCAAGGCUGGACACGAGAACUACGGUUUGACAAAGGAAAAUGUCUUCCGCCUCAACUUCGUCAACUGCAGCAGUUACAACGCUGACUUCGAUGGCGAUGAAAUGAACAUGCAUUUGCCUCAGGAUCCUCUCGCUCGCACCGAGGCCGCCUACAUCCUGAAUGCAGACUGUCACUUCUUGGUGCCGAAGAGCGGCGAGCCUCUCCGCGGUCUGAUUCAGGAUCUCUGUUUGGCCGGCUGUCUGCUGACAGCGCGAGACACCUUCCUCGACAUCCACAGUUUCCAGACGCUGGUCUACGCAGGCCUGUCGUGUUACCUGGACGCAGGCCCGGGGCGAAUCGUCCUCGACCGCGGGCGCCCCGCGCCCAGCGCCUUGCACGCGUCGGACGUCGCGUCGCUUUCGCAGACGAAAGACGAGGAGCUGGACAAGAAGGGCGGCGGCGAGCGCGAGCGCUUCAAGGCCCCGGGCGACCCGUACCGCAACCAGCUGCUGGACGCCCGCAGCGGGCGAUCAAAGCUGCACAUCGAGCCGCCGGCGAUUCUCUGGCCUAAGCAGAUGUGGACGGGAAAGCAGGUCAUCACCUGCAUCCUAAAGACUCUCGUCGACGGCAUGGCUGCCACGCGCUUCUCACAGUGCAAGAACUCGCGGAAAACCGGCCGCGGCGCGCGCGGCGCUGCGGGAGACACCGAGGCCUGCGACGACUGGCUGAACCAGUACGAAGGCGUCAACCUGACAGGAAAGGCCAAGACUCCCGGAGACGCCUGGGGAGGCGCUGAAGACGGAGACAAAGAAGAAGAAACUGUCAUUAUUCGCAACUCGGAGCUUCUUCAAGGCGUCUUCGAUAAGGCUCAAUUCGGCCCAACAGCUGGCGGUCUUCUUCACUGCGUGUUUCUGCUUCUCGGCGGCGCGGCUGCGGGCCUCCUCUUCCAGUCGCUUGCUGCGCUUUUCUGCGCAUUCCUCAAACUCAGGGGAGCGACCACGUCGCCUGCGGAUUUCGUGAUGCGCCGAGAGGGAGAGCUGCAGAGACAAGCCCUCGUGCGCCAAGUUAUCCAGGCGGGCACGUAUUUGCAGGAGCACUUCACCUCGCGCAUGAACGCGCUGAUGGGAUGGAAAGACGAGGGAUCUGACAAUCCGCUGCUGCCGAAGCUGGCUGCGACUCCGCCGCCUGCAGCCGCGGCGACCAAGGCGGGCGCGCACGACUGUGAUAUGGAGGACGGCGAGCCGCCCGUCACGUCCAAGACGCGUGCGCUGCUUCAGAUGCUCGCAGCCUCUGUUGCCUCGAAGGAAGAGGCAAAGGAGGGCGCGAAGCCGCGCGAGGAGGACGCGUCUCUCGAAGGCGCGCUGAAAAUCGAGAAACUGAAUCUAGCGCGGCUCUCCGAUGCUGCGGCGUACGCCAUGCGCCUGCAGGGCGACGCGCAGGCAUCGUCUCUCCCAGGGCCUGAACCGGACGCACGUGUGAAGCAAGAGAAACACGCGCGGGAAGACGGGCACGAAAGCGGUCUAAAGGUGAAGAAAGAGCGAAACUGCGCGACCGGCGAAACAGGGGCACCUUCGAGCGGCGCAAGCGGGACAGCCGCGCUCCCCGUGAACCCAUGGAUUCUCUCGCGCUACCUCAGGACGCCGAACCUCUUGGAGGCCUCGGGCAACCUGCCGAGCCGCAAACGCGUCUGCGAAGAGUUGAAGGCGCUCAUUGAAACCAUGAAAGUUAUCCAGCGCCAGUGCCACACAGUCACCCGAAAGGAGCUUCUCUAUUUCCUCGCGUGCUACCCCAGCCUUCAGUAUCAGCUUCCCCAUCUCGCGCGCGUUUUGGGCUCCGAGCGGCUGCUGUCCACGCAGCAGCGAGUGAGCCGCGCGGCUGGAGCUGGCGACGAAUCUGAGGGACGCGAAGUCACUCAGCAGGGCUCUCUGCUCUUCCCUACGCCAAACAAAGUGGUGUCUCUGCCGAAUGGCGGCUCGAUCCAGGGCGACGCGGCGCUGCUGCAGAAGAAGCUCUACCAUCCUUCGUGGUUGUGGGCGGGUGAAGGCGGGAACAGCGCCUCGGCUGCGAGCUCGGACGCAGCUUUCUCGAUGGCUGCGAAUAUUUUCGAAGGGACGGAGAGAUACGUCUUGAAGAGCGCAAAGAGCGCCGGCAUCGCAGGAGAGGGUCCCGGCGAGCAACUGAGGGCCUUCCUUAUGCCUUCGCUUCUCACCAUCCGGCGUAUUGGCGCCUUAUAUACAGAGCAUUUUCGAGGCCGUGAAGACACGUUCAACGAAAUGCUGGAUGCCUUCUUCCAGUCGGCGAUGGGCAAGGUCGCUUCGAAGUCGACAGAUAUCAUGAAGGGAAAUUAUUUUCUUUACCGCUUCCCUCACAAUGGUUUCGCCUCGAUGAUCAAGAGUGGCUCCAAAGGGAGCAACGUCAACUUCGCUAUGAUUUCUGUCUUCCUCGGUCAGCAGUCUCUCGAGGGACAGAGAGUGAAGUUCAUGACAAGCGACCGGUCUUUGCCUGCCUUCUUGCCGUUUGAUUUUGGAAGUCGCGCGCGCGGCUUCAUCACGUCUUCCUUCUUGUCAGGUCUGAAGGAAGAGGAGUACUUUUUCCACUGCAUGGCUGGACGCGAAGGGCUCGUGGACACUGCCGUGAAAACCGCGAAAAGUGGCUAUCUGCAGCGCAGUGUGACGAAGGGUUUGGAAGCCCUCACCGUGCGCUACGACGGAAGUGUGAGAGACGCUGACGACUCGAUUGUCCAGUUCGUCUACGGAGACGACGGCAGGGACCCCGCCCACCGACUCACCUUCGAGAAGACUCAAAUGCUUUUGGAGAAUCCCGCGAUUCUGCAGCGGGUGUACGCGCCCCCUGCACAGCUUAGCUCCUCUGUCAGGGCCUCGAAGAUCGAGGCAGAGCUGAAGGGGGCAGAGGACGUGGAGGAAGAUGUUCGCAGCUUCAAAGAGUUCGGCUCGCCUCUCACGCGACUCGGCGUCACGUCCUACCAGUUCGAAAACGACAUGCAAGAACUCGUCGCCACAGCAGUGGCUCGCUACGACGCACUCCGCGCAUCCUACGCCUUGGCGCAGGCACCGCUGCGUCAGAAAAAGAAGAAGCUGGCCUACGAUGCCGGCGCAACUUCGGCUCGCGGGGCGAAGAGGAUCGGCCUCGAGCGGGACGAACUGGAAGAUAUUCUCCGGGUUGUGUACCACAAAUGCUGCAUGCCACCUGGCGAAGCCGUUGGCUGCGUCGCUGCGCAGUCCAUUGGAGAGCCAGCGACGCAGAUGACGCUGAACACUUUCCACUUGGCCGGACACGGGGCUGCGAACGUGACCAUGGGUAUCCCGCGUCUUCGCGAGCUUCUGCAGCAAGGCGCAGUUACCAAAACGCCGAUUUUGUACAUUCCCCUGCGGACCGCGGUCAAUCGGCUCCCAGACCGAGACUGCAGCGCGUCCGACGCGCGAGGCCGAGAAGAAGACGCGAGUCGCAUCCUCGUCAGGAACGCCGGCAUCGCCCUGCGAAGCUUCACAUCCAUCGGUCUCGCCGACUGUGUGCACAGCGUCGGUGUGGAGGCGAAUGUGUGCUACCAGCCGCCGGACUGCCCCAGAGGCUGUCCGGCGUUCCACCUCCCGCCCUACGUGCCUGGACCGAACUCGCCCUCCUCGGAGCCCACGGCGCCGUCCUCGCGGCUCUACUGGCAGUACGAAGUCUGUUUGCAGCUGGAGAACCUCGCGCACUUCUCCCAGGUGGUCAAGAGCUUCACGCCGGCACAAAUUUGCACGCUGGUGCUGCGCAAGAUUCUGCGGACGUUUUUGAAGAAGGCUCACCGUCUGAUGGUGGCGGCCGUCGCCCACCACGGUCGAACGGACUUUGCAGAGGCCAGGAGCGACUUGCAGGCCUUUUUCCAGAACGCGAUUUGCCAAGACAACAGGCUGACUCAGUGGGAUCAUCGCUCCAAGGUGAAGGAAAUUCUUCGCACCGCCCGCGUCGCUGACAGCGUCGCUGCGGACGGCGCGGACGACGAGCUCUUUGCAGCCGCCGGCGCCUCGCGAGCCGCGCGCAACGAAGACCGGGAGGAAGGAGACAGGAAACGUGCAGACGACGAAGAGAAAGACGAGGAAGAACGUGGACGCGAGAGCAGUGAGGACGAGGAAGAGAAGAAGAAAGAGGACGACGGAGAGGACGAAGACGAAGACGGCGAACGAGGCGAGGAUGGCCGCGACAGUGGAAGCGACAGAAGUGACGCGGAAGGCGAUGACCAGGACCGCAGGAAAUCGAAACGCCGCCGCGGCGAGCACCUCGCCUCGAAGCCAGGUCUCUUGCACAAGAACGCGGGCGGACCGCUGUCUGAGGACGACGGCGACGGCGACGAAAGCGGCACCGACUCGGGCGACGAAGACGAGAAUUCGUCGAGUUCGGAAGAGGACGAGGAAGAUGACGUUGCCGACGACAGCCGAAACAAAGCAUUGAACGCGGCUCAGAAGCGCGCGAAGCCGGAGAGACAGGAGGAAAGAGUAGACUUCUACGGCGCCAUGUUCUCGCCGAUGCUCCUCUCGUUCGCGCGUCUCAUCAAAGGGGAGAGCUUCGAUAUGAACAGCCACCUCUUCGUCCGCCAGGACAAGAACAAAGGCGCAAGCGCGAAGAAGAGUUCCAUGGUCGCUCCCGCACCUGUCGAGGCCGACGCGCUCUGGACCGAUGGACGGAAGUACAAGGGUUUCGUCCUUAUCACACGAGAUGUCGCCUCCAUUCUGCACGAAGUUGUUGUCUGCCGGCGCACAUGGCGCAUCAUUCUGAAAUUCGGUUGGCCUUUCGAGCGCUGCCCCUACCGACUUGAACUUCUUCCGCUUCUUACGGGACUCCUGAAGAAAUGCAAGAUGCAGGAGCCUGAGGGCGUUGCCGCGCCUCGCAUUGUCCAGGGCGAAGGGUGUGUGACGAAGCAGAAGGUUGAGAUCCAGUGCGAGGGGUCGAACUUUGGAUGGAUCCAUCGCAUGAAGGACGAGGCGAUUGAUCACAAUGGAAUCCUGACGAAUGACGUACGAGCGGUUUUGAAGUACUACGGCAUUGAAGCGGCACGAGUGUGUCUGGCAAGAGAACUCGAGCGGGUCUUCUCAGCGUACGGUAUCAAGGUUGACUAUCGUCACUUGGCUUUGAUAGCAGAUUUCAUGACGCAUGACGGGACGCUUCGUCCUUUCAAUCGACUUGGCAUGGCCAGCUCAAAUGCUCCCUUCCUCCAGAUGUCCUACGAGACGUCGUUCAAGUUCCUCACAGAGGCUUGUGAACGGGCAGCCGUCGAUUCGCUUUCGACGCCAUCCGGUAGCUUGGUCGUCGGCGCACCAUCUGCUAUUGGAUCGCAGCAGCAUCAGGUGUACACGCAGCUUCACCCCAAUUUGCACAGGCAACGGGACUUGUUCUCAUUCUCGAGAAAGAGCCGUGCCACGUGUCAAGAGAGCUCCACGGGAAAGUUCAAGAAUGAGUGUGAAUCGGUCUCUGGAAAAAGGCCAUGCCGAGUAAAGUCGGAAAACACGUCAAACGCCGAAAAGGGCAGCCCGGAAGAAAUUGAAGGAGUGACGAAGGAAAAAAGCGCCAAAAGAAAAGAGGAGCGGGGGGACUCGGCCUUGUCGAAUGAGGUUUUUCAGACGGGGACAACUGAGUCAGAUGAGGGCGCAAGAAAGAAGAAGAGAAAGCGCAAGGCGUUUGAUUUCAUUUAG